UCAAUUAGGUGCAUUUUUAUAUUUUUAUAUCUGGGAAGCUGGCUCCGAUAAGUUCCCCGUGACUUUCUUCUCAAACUCGUGCUCAACAACAAGUGGCAUAACCUUGGCGUAAUGAGUGGAGCGUUGCCACAGUGAAUCUUCAGCUUGCCGCAUCAUUAAUCUAGAGAAUAGAACAGUGACACAAAUCCGCAGAAUGUCGCACGAAGAUAAUGGUACCGCUUCGGCCGAGGCCGAAUUACUGGCCGCCGAUGACCAAGGCAAUCAGGACGGCACCGUUCAAGGCCAGGCGGCAGCACAACUUCAGGCCCAACAACCGUCACGCGCUGAAUCAUUUUUCGCCAUCACCAAAUCGCUGAUCAUUAGAGCAUUGAUUAUUUAUUUCAUCUCUUCAUUCUUUCGCCGUCCCGCUCCGGAUGCCGGUGCGAACCAACAGGCAGCGGGCAAAUCGAAGAUAAAUGCGUGGAAUCUGUUCGAUAAUGGCACAGUGUUCGAUUUGCACGUGUACAUCUCGGAAGAUCAGUACAAUGUGGAUUUCAACGAUCCGAACAGUUUAGUUUGGCUGCAGGAGGGCUUGAUUUACGGCGAUUGGUACGGAGGUCGCGAAAAGGACGGCAUUUUUACGCUUAAUACUCAAAUCAAAGCUUCCGAGCAGCUGAUGAACAAUGGAUCGAUAUACCUGCACACGUACGUCACUAGGACGGGGCUUAGUCCGAAUCCGGCAGCGGGUGAAGAUUUUGCGGGUAAAAAUAUGGGCCAUGCGAGAGCCAUGCUUAGCAAAUACAAAAGGGUUAAGCGCACCAAGACGCAUAACUUGCUAGCGGGAGAAAAGGAAAAGUUCGAAAAGGAGCUGGAAAAUGCGCUGGUGGACGAUAAGAUACUUGCGCACUGGCAUCCAAAUCUGACGAUAAAUCUUGUAACGGAUCAAACGAACUGGGUGAAAGGAUCGGUGCCACCACCAUUGGACGAGUACAUUAAAUUUCUUCCCGGAGGACAAACGUAUCUUCCGAUCGUGUUCUACAACGACUACUGGAACAUGAUGAGAGAUUAUCAACCCAUUAACCGGACGACUCCCGUGCUGGAACUGAACCUAGCAUAUCAACCACUGUCACUGUUCAAGUGGCAACUGUAUGCGGCUCAGACGAUGCGCAAUAAAUGGGCCAACAACAUGUUCACGGAAGCGCUGUCCGGUGGUACCGAGACGGAUGACGAUCAAGACUCGCUGAAGGAAGCGCUGCUGGACAAUAAUCCGUACCUUCUAGGCCUCACGAUCGUGGUAACGAUUCUGCACAGCGUGUUCGAACUGUUGGCAUUUAAAAACGACAUCCAGUUCUGGAACAACCGCAAGUCGCUGGAGGGUCUUUCCGUUCGAUCAGUAUUUUUUGGUGUAUUUCAAUCGUUGAUUGUGCUGCUGUACGUGCUGGACAAUGAGACAAACUUCAUGAUUAAGAUCAGCUGCCUGAUGGGGCUUGGUAUUGAGGUGUGGAAAAUCCAGAAGGUGGUUAACAUCAACAUAAGCAAGGAAAAUCGGGUCUUCGGAUUUCUGCCCCGCAUUAGCUUUACCGACAAGGGAUCGUACGUGUCCAGUACCAGACAUUACGACAAUCUUGCCUUUAAGUAUCUGGGAUGGGUGUGUUUCCCGCUGCUGGUGGCGUACAGUGUAUACAGCGUGCUGUACCAGGAGCACAAAGGAUGGUAUUCGUUCGUGCUGAACAUGCUGUACGGAUAUUUGCUCACCUUUGGCUUCAUCAUGAUGACGCCGCAGCUGUUUAUCAACUAUAAGCUGAAGUCGGUCGCCCAUUUACCGUGGCGAAUGUUGACCUACAAAUUCCUGAACACGUUCAUUGAUGAUAUUUUUGCCUUUGUGAUCAAAAUGCCUAUGAUGUACAGAAUCGGAUGCUUCCGUGAUGAUAUUGUCUUCUUUAUCUUCCUUUACCAACGCUGGAUGUACAAGGUCGAUUCGAAACGUGUGAAUGAGUUUGGAUUCUCGGCGGAAAUGCUCGAAUCCAAGGGCGACGCACCCAAAGCGAACGCAGCAUUGACUGAAGCUAGUCCUAGCAGUAGCGAUGAGCGGGAGGCCCCAGAAUCAACCAGCCAACCUUCUUCGCCCAAUGCAAAGAAAAGGAAGAACAAAAAGUCUUCCCCCAAACAGAAGGGAGGCAACAAGACGGUCACAGAUAAAAAAGAUGACUAAUAACGAUAUAUCUGCUGUGCACCAUAAGUAAUACAACCCACUAGAAACGCUUUUGCCCCCCAUUUGCUCCAAUACACGUGUGUAGCAGGAGGCAGCUGUUGUCUUAUAACUGUACCCUGGGCGUAACUCAUUUGCGCUGAUCGUGAAUUUUUGUUUUCUACCUAAAGUAUAUUUAAUUUUUUGUCAUAGUUAAUCCCAACGACGCAGUAAUCUCUACUGAUGAUCGUAUACAGCUAAAACUAAUAGUUAUAACAAAAGCUUUACUAGGUUCAUUCAUUGCUCUAAAGGACUAUUGUUAUGAAAUAGUCGUGUAGCAAAACCCAACGGAUGGAUUUAUGGUAUGUUUUACAUGGUCAAAGUACGUGUUAGUGUAGUAUGAUAACUCAAAGCGUGAAUUUCAAAUG